AUGUCAGACGAUAUUAAAGAUGCGGUACAUGGCGUUGAAAAGGAGCUUGAGAACGUUUCGUUAUCUUCAAAAGACAUUUACUAUCGCUAUGAUGAUGAAAUUAAGAUAACAGACUACGCUACUUCUUUCAAUUCAAAUAAUCAGAACUCUAAGCCAGACUUACGAAAUAUAAAGUAUAAGACGUCUACGGAACAUUUGAAUUGUCCUGUUUGUCAGCAACCUUUUUUGGAGCCAUUAACGACGAUAUGCGGGCAUACGUUUUGUAAGAGCUGUAUAUAUGAAUGCUUUAAAGCGUUCAACGGGGAUAUUAACGAUGGCUUAAAGGGAUCAUGUCCUUUAGAUAGAACACCAUUGGAUGCAUCGAAUGUGAAUGACUUGUUUCCCACACCUUUACUUGUUACUAAUUUAAUUGAUGACCUUCAGGUUUACUGCUUGAAUCAUGAACGAGGUUGCAAAUGGAAUGGGUGUCGCUGGGAGUUAGAGCACCAUGUGAUAUCAGAUUGUGGUUAUACAGGUGUUCACUGUAAUGGGAAAAGGUAUAUAAAAAAGAACAACAAUAAAGAAAAUAAUGAAAAUGGAGACGGCGAUGGCGAGUACGAUGGUGAGUACGAUAAUGAGGAAAUUUGUACUUUGACAGUAGAAAGAAGAUUUCUUUCUGAUAAUGAAACAGAAUGCAUACACAAAGUAUUCCAAUGUGAAUAUUGUAAUGCCGAUCUAACAAAGAUGUCCGAGGAGGUACAUUUGUCAAAUGAAUGUUUGUACAAUUAUCAGACAUGUGAGUUGUGUCUAAACGAUAUGAUAGCGCUCAAGAAUUUAAAUAAACAUAAAGAGAACUGUUCAAAGAUCCGCCAUUUCAGGUGUCCGGCCCACGAAAUUGGUUGUAACUGGAUUGGAAAUAAUGAACCUGCGUUGGAAAUCCAUGUACAAAAAAACAAUUGUCAGUUAAACCAACUAUUGCCCUACAUUAACACCCUCAAUGAAAAAAUAGAUUCUGUAUCUACAGAGAACAAUUUUUUGCAGAAACAAAUCAAUAAGAUUUUGAGUCUGAUAAUUCAAGGUAAGAUAACAAAUUUAGGCUACAAUGAGCCAAUUGAGGAAAUAAACAAGUACAAUUCAUCAAUUGCGUCAUUAGAAGAUCAGGAUAAAUUGAUUUAUCUAAAUUAUGAGAUUGAUAGGUUGAAAUUCGAAAUGGAAGAAAAAAUAAUACCGUUUAUAAAGAGAGAGAAUUCCUCUUUAACUGAUAGAAAAUCAAUAAUGAAUGGUUUGGUUAAUGACAAUUUUAUGAUGAAAGAUGAUUUAAGUUUGCAAAGAGUUUUGAUUAAUAGCUUGCGAAAGCAGUUGCAAUUUUUAUUAUUUACUAGAAAUUCGAGAAAUAUGAACGGCUCAACGCUUAAUUCGGGCAUGGACUCAGAAAACUUGGAUCUUUUUGAUAUGCCCUCAAGAAACAAUUCUGAAGAAAGACUAAACCUUAAAUUAUAG